AUGCUCACCGAGCAAUUUUUGGCUGCUACUUCAUCGGCGCCAAAAGUUCCAAAUACAGCAAUUGCAAAAGAUGCCGGCAUCUAUCUACAUGAUCUCCAGCCUAUUCCUGCGCUCAAGACAAGCUUCAAGAAGAGCGCAGCUGCUGCAAAUUGUGUUGCUGUAAAUGACACCCAUAUUUUCGCGGCGCAGGCAGGAAAAGCUGUCGUCCACGUUUACAACCGGGAAAGAGGUGGACAGGAAGCUACGAUCGCUUUUCCGGAAAGAAUCCACAGCCUUGCGCUUGCGGGUGAUUACAAUGAUGCAGGGAUCCUAGUGCUUGGAACAGAGGGAGGGAGGAUCAUACUGUGGGAGUUGUGCACAGGCCGUCAGAUCUCGACGCCGCAAUCCCACAUUCAGCCCACUACGUCUUUAGCAGUGGACUCCGCGUCUGAUUAUCUCCUGAGUGGCUCCCCAGACUCGAAUAUUCACGUGUGGUCUCUUUCCUCGCUGCUGUCAUUCUCGUCUGCAGCCAAUACCGAUGCAUCCCCGCCUAAUUCACCGAUCCGCACUCUAUCCAACCAUCGCGCGGCUAUCACUAGCAUUUCCAUGGGCCAUGGUAGCAGUAUGAUCAAUCUGGCUAUAUCCGCUUCCGAAGAUAAUAGCUGUAUUGUCUGGAACGUGCAGAGCGGCGAGCUCCUGCGCACGUUCUUACUCCCUGCAACGCCAUUGUGCCUGUCGCUAGAUCCUGUAGAUCGCGCAUGCUACGCUGGUCUUCAAGACGGAUCGGUCCAGCUAAUUAAUCUUUACAAAGAUUCGGGCGUCACCAAUUCUUUGCACGAUACGGCAUUAAACUCGGCCCCUUCAAUGUGUUCUCCCUCGGAGCGCUGGUCCGUCGUUGGGCACGAGCUUGGCCCCACUCGUAGUAUCUCUGUCAGUUAUGAGGGUAACACUCUUCUUUCAGGCCAUGAAACCGGGAAAGUCAUACGGUGGGAUAUCGCUAGAGGAAGGUAUCUAUCGAGCGUUGCGGAUUUCUAUGCUCCCGUCACAAACCUAUCGUUGCUUCCUCCAAAGGGGUUUCCGAAUACCAGUAACCCCAAACUGAAAAGUCAUACUGUUCUGAAGCCGCGUCAUGACGAACACUAUUCAGACACAGGCUCCGCUGCGGUCUCCAGUGCUGUUCCGACAAACUACACGCUCACUGCCCAGAUAUCCGAGAACAUUAUUUCCCCCGUAGUCUCGUCGUCGGUCUCUGAGAAGACCAGCGACCAGGACUUUGAUAGCUUACUUGAUAACAUUUGCUUUCCGACAUCUAUUCUCGAAGAAGGUUCAUUCAGACUGUCGUCUCAUGAUCCUCAAAACAAGGCUAUGCCCGCCUCGAGCUCUAAUGUAUCUGCAUCUGCAGACGCAGAUAAUAACGAAGAAGUUUCUCGAUUGAAGAAGGAAAAUGAGGCGAUGUGGAAAGAUCUUUGCGAGUCUCGCGAAAUGCAGAAGAGAGCAUGGGCCAAAUUGAUGGAGUGGGGCAAGGAACGGGCUGAAAGUCGACAGCGCCAUUCAGGAGACGGAGAACCUUCGGAUGAUGACACUCAGGGCAGCAAACAUGAUUCACAAAAUCUCUCAAGCGAGGGGAGCAGCGAAAACGAAAUGGAUGUCAGUGGAUAA